UGAAAGUAGCUAUAAAUAGUAUUGUCAUGCCGCACCAACGUCUGGAUCAUGACGUCAUCAAUCACAAAAUGGAGGAAUCGGUCGACACCCGUUGAUUAAUUGCCCCUGUCCCAUUUCUACUCUCCCCUUACCAUCUAUUCUGCAACCAGGCGUCAAGAUGAGCUCUGAAGGGGUGGAGCAUCUUUCAUCAGUACAGAACAAUCCGUUUAUACGCCAGUACGGUAGACCAAACAUCGGUUACAUGGACACUAACGGUCCGUCUGCAGCAUGCUCUGCUAGCAGCGACAGGGAUGAUGAUGAUUUGCAGCAGGAGUAUGGCGUUAAUUCGGGAUUUGUCAACAAGCUGCGAUCGAAAUUCACUCAGCUUGAAAGUAAGAGCAGCAGAGUGGGUCUCUCGAGAAAGUCGGCCAGCGUUGAAAACCUGUUGAGUCUGGGUGAUAAUAGUUCUGCAUUGGGGAAUAACUGGUCGCGAUCCAAGGGGGAUAAGUCGAGAUUUGGAAACGCUGGUCAUUCUACCAAUGACGAUUCUGGAGUUGCUUCAAAAGUGUCUCUCAGGAAUUUUGCUCCUGCUGGCUACAAGCCUCAAAUUAGACCAAGGUCUACGGAUCUAAACAAAACUAAUGAACAACCUAUGCUGUCAAAGAAAAAGGAAGUGGAAAACUUGAAACAAAGUGCUAUACGAAGUGUUAAGCCCCCGUUGCCAAGAAGAACAGUUGUUGACAAUAAGAUCCCAGCGUACUCCUCGAAUAAUGAGACGUCAAAUAAAGUUAAGCAUAAUUUACCUGAGCAUCAUGACUGGAAGGUUGCUCCUGACCUGGAAACGUAUGGAAGAGAAGACAUUGUUAUUAUUGAAAAUGUUAAGAAAUCAGAAGAGAAAAGUAAUCAAUCAAAUUCGAGCCUAAAAGAAAGAACAGAUUCUCCUGAUGUCUCUGAUACCUAUGGUAGAGUGCAUCCAAUAACUGAUAAAGAAAAGGUAACAGACGAAAAUGAGUUACCAAAGCCCAAUACUGUAUCAGCAUUUAGACACCUGUUUGAGAAAACUGGUAAAGCCAUUGACACGUUAAAUGUAUGGCGACACAUUUCCCCCACUCGCAAAUCCUCUGGUUCAGACACAAAUUCUCCCCAAGUUUUAUCACCAGUUUCUACUCCAAGGUCCCCAUUGGUCAGUGUUAAUGACAGCAAUGUUUUUGAACCGUUGACGUCAAAUUUGUUGCCACCAAUGGAUCCAAUAGGUGCAAAAAUAUCGUCUGACAUUAGCUCUGAACAAACAGAAAUCAGUGUUGACACAAGUUCAGUUUCUCUGCAAAAAUCUAUGGAGGUAUUUCGGAGAACUUCCACUUCGGAGGAUAAGGGUAAUAAAAGUCAUGGGUACAAAUGGAAAGUGGAAUCUAUGGAGAAGAAAAGAAGUUCAAAAGAAUUAUCUCCCCCUGAAUCUGUUGAUUCACAUCGUACCUUAACCCCUGUCCAUCCUGUUCAAAAAGUCUUUGACUCCAAGUCCCUUGCAUCUGCAAAAUCUGGGUCUCAAAAAAAUCACAAAACAUCCAUUCCAAAGAAAGUGCCAAAAGAUGUUAUAGAGUUGAAACAUGAACAUGACCGACUUGAAGAAUCCAUGAAGGAUCACAGUUCUUCAAGUGGUGGUAAACGUUUUGCCGACUUCUUUUCGAAUCAGGUUCCUAAAAGCAAGGCGGCUGAAACGCAUAAUUCUGAUAUGUUGGCUGACACUAUACCUUCUGUGUCGAGUGAAGAAAAUACAGGGUUUAUUGAUAAAGGGAAGGACAAUCUGUCUCCGAGACAAACAAACAUAUUUGAUUCCAGUAAAAUGGUGAAAAAGGACCGUGAUCCACCAAGUCUUCCAACCUCCCCUACAGAAAGACCUAGUUUGGAUGGAUUCAAUACAUCUAUACAUGUAAGUGCUCCCAGUUUUGAAAAACAACGCCCCAGUAUUGAACAACCGUCAAUAAAAUCAGUACAAACUGUACCGGUGAAAGCUCAGAGGGAAGAAAUGGAGAUUUCCCCUGUUAAGCCAACGAUAGAAAUUCCUGAACCAAAAGUGCCACCAAACACCACUGGAAUGACAGAUAUCACUCCAACUAUUCUCAGAAACACCCAAACAAACGCUGAAUCAAGGAAAGGUAGAACUUUUAAGGCAAGUGAAAGGGUGUUUUCAAAGCCAGACACUGCCAUAUCAGAAACAAAGUCAGAAAGUACAAGGAUGGAAAAUGAUUCCAGCGAAGCGCCGGUAUCUGGUAUGUCUUCCUACCUGGCAAAACUCUUAAAGAGGGACACAGACCAGGAAAAUCAACAAUCAGGCAAAACAACCUCGAGUCACUUGACCAAUGGAGCCUCACCAUCUCCCAUUCCUAGGAAACGGCAGGCUCCUGACAUUCCCCCACUGGUCACCAAUGGGGAAGGACCAGAACCGAAAUCCCCUCCACCGUUGCCACCAACUUUGGAACCACCGCUGGCGCAGUCGAAGAUAGAAGAGGUGAUGGCGAGAAAAGAAAAGAAGCAGAAGCAGCAGCCAAAUACUAAAAUGGUCUUUGAUUCUAGUAAAAUCGUCUCAAAGAGGAAAGAACCGCCAAAGCGUAAACCGCCACGGAAAUCGUUGGAAGAGUUAAACACGAACAUAAAGAAUGAAAGUGUUACCAUAGUGCCAAUGUUGGAUCUCACAUGUCUAACAAAUGAUGGGAUUGAGACUGAGUAUCAGGAAGGAUACAUACCGACCAAAAUAGGGCCUUGUCCAUAUGUAUUCAUUGGAGCUGAGGUGAAAUUGCAUAAAAAUCCACUGAAGAAAACCAAGAAAGCCAAGGUGAAGAUCUCAUUUGCGGAGAACGCAACCACAACAUUUGAGUAUGAGGGUGAGGAGUCUGCGCUGCAGUCCUACCUGCAGGACCACCCGGAGGAGAAAGAGGAGGUCCUCAAGCAGGAACAGGAGAUGAAUGGAGUGUCCAGCCCACGUGAGGAACUACUCAACGACCCGCCCAGGGUCCCCAGCGAGCCUGAGCCCACUAUCAAGGUCAACACCAUCCUCGGUCACAAUGCAGGGGCCCUCACCUCGUACAAAUCCAAGAUGCAGACGCAGGAGUUCCAGUUUGGUAUGCGGAACAUGGAGCAAGAUCUGAUAGACACAGAGCCGUACGAUGACGAAUCCACAGAGCCCACCUCCAUGCAACUCUUGCCUGCAGGGGAAAGCGAAGUGGACACAUUCUCAGCAGAAACUUCAGUCACCGACAUGCUGUUUUAAACAGAGUAUUAAAUACACUUAAUCGUGUCAAGAAGUUGGAAUAACUCAUCAAAAUUAGAAUGGACCUCAUUUUUGUUCCUUUGUUUCACAUACAAGUGUAGAUUUCUUCUUAUUUAUGUCUGAUAGUUGUGCUUUGUCACUUU